GAGAGAGAGAGAGAGAGAGAGAGAGAGAGAGAGACAACGUGAGCUGUACCCAGUCAGAGACAUGCAUCCCCUCAGCUGGAUCGGUGUACUUCUCUUCCUGUUCUACGCUUCCUCUGGGAGUGCCGACGUCAACAGGCACCGCAGACAAGUCCCCACCGGUGGCCAACCAGGUGUGUGUGGCUAUGGCAGGAGACUGGCGUGUUGCUAUGGCUGGAGAAAGAACAGCAAGGGACAGUGUGAAGCUCAGUGUGAACAUGGUUGCAAGCACGGAGAGUGUGCUGGCCCCAACAAAUGCAAGUGUUACCCAGGAUACACCGGAAAGAUGUGCAAUCAAGACCUGAAUGAGUGUGGCCUGAAGCCCCGCCCCUGUGAGCAUCGUUGUAUGAACACCUACGGCAGCUACAUGUGUUACUGCCUCAACGGAUACACCCUGAUGCCGGAUGGCUCCUGUACCAACUCCAGGACGUGCUCCCUGGCACACUGUCAAUAUGGCUGUGAGGAUGUACAGGGGGAGAUCCGUUGUCUCUGCCCGUCUGCAGGGCUGCAGCUAGGGCCAGACCAGAGGACCUGUGUGGAUAUUGAUGAAUGUGUAACAGGGAAGAACCUGUGCCCAUACAACAGGCAGUGUGUCAACACGUUUGGCAGCUACUACUGCAAGUGUCAGAAUGGCUACGACCUGAAGUAUGUCAAUGGCAAAUAUGACUGUGUAGACAAUGACGAGUGUGCCGCCAACACACACAAGUGCAGCCACCGUGCAGUCUGUCUGAACACUCAGGGAUCCUACAAGUGCAAGUGCAAGCAAGGCUUCCGUGGCAGUGGUUUUGAAUGCUCUGCUAUCCCAGAGUCCCCAGUGAGGCUGCCAGGGAAACUGGACAAAGAGCAGAUCAAGAACGUCAUCCCCGGGCCCAAGGUGACCGUCCCCCCUCAGAUCCGCUUGCAGCCCUUCGACUAUGACGGGGAGACCUAUAUGGGUGGCCCAGAGGAGGUGGGCCAGGUGGGCUUUACUGAUGUAGGGGAGGAGGAAGAAGAGGAAGAUGAGGAGGAGACAGAUGUGGACAACAAGCUUAAUUCAAGAGGAGAUGUUUUCAUUUCAGAGGACUUUGAGUCAGUAUUUGGUCCUGCAACGGAUGUCAAAGAGAUCGAAAUAGCUCCAGGACAGGAAGAGUUCUUCAUGGACUGCAACUUCGAUCAGGGCGUGUGUGAGUGGGUGCAAGACAAGGACGAUAGCUUUGACUGGAGCGUGUCCUACCAUGAAAACGGUAUGGAGUACUACAUGGCUAUGAGUGGUCUUCUGGGAGAGAAGCAGGACCAGGCCAGGCUAAAGCUGCUCCUCAGUGACCGGGCCCAGCAGGGAGGCUUCUGCCUCACCUUCAACUACCGCGUGAUGGGCAGCCAGGUGGGCACGCUGCGGGUGCUGUUGAACAAUAGCACCGAACUUGUGUGGGAGCGGAGCCGCAGCCGGGGUCAGGAUUGGCAGACAGAACUGCUCACUGUGGCCUGGAAGAACCAGGCCCCAGAAUCUAUCAUCUUUGAAGCUGAACGUGGGAAUGGAGUUGGGGGAGAGAUUGGGCUGGACAACGUGGUGCUGACCUCAGGCUACUGUCAAGAGGAAGACACGGCCAUCUUUUAAACUGUGAACUCUGAACCUGUAGAAAUCAGUCCACUGUGUUUGACACAGACCUCAGAGGCAGAGCUAGCAUCAGUCUCUCCCUUUAGUCUACUCUUUUUGGAGAGCAGACACAUCUUCCUAAUCCCAAACUAAGGGUGUAUUUUUUUUGCUGUACUGUACAACAAGUAUUAAGAAAAAUGUGUAUUUGCAGAAUGUUUGGCAGUUCAGCCGUCCACAUAGGAAAGCGUUUGAGCAUUAUUGGUAUGUGCAGGGAUUUAAUCUGCAAGUUUUCAACCUUUUCCUUUCAUUUGAGCCACCAAGACAAAGAGUCGUGUCCACACAUAAAUGAUCCACUACAUACACUUCAGUUUUUCAAUAAUGUUCACAAAUGUUUUUAAAUAUCUUCAAUUAUUUUCACAUAAAUGGCAGGAUACGGCAGGCUUAUCUACAAAAAAAAAACAUUCUAUUGUGUUGCUUCUUCUUUUUGUAAGUGAAAUAUUGCAGUUAGCUGCAAUAUAUAAAAAUAAGAUAUACUAAGACUUGUUACAUGAACCCUAAAUAUUAAUAUUUCCCUUGAAGCCUACACGUUUUAUAAUCAUAGUAUGUGUAUGUAACAAAGCAUAACUGCUGUAAAUUGCGCUUUUAUAUUGUAUUACAUUAAAAAAAGUUUUUAUAAAGGG